CUGACCCAGAGGCAGCUGUCACAGGCGGACCCACUCAGGCUAGACCCAACCUUUCCACAGCUCUUCUCCUCAGUCCCCUGUGGAGUGUGUUGCAUCCAGCGAUCUGCCAUGGGAAGGGGCGUCCUAUACGGUGGGUAUCUCCUCUCCACAUGUGCCCCAAGGUCAUUGAUUUCUGCGUGGUUCGGCCCGCAGGUCAGGAGAACAGCCAUGGGAGCCAGCCAGAAGGAUUUUGAAAAUGCAGUGAAUCGACUGAAACUCUUGAAGGAAGAUCCAGGAAAUGACACAAAGAUAAAACUCUACGCUCUGUAUAAGCAGGCCACAGAAGGACCUUGUAAUGUGCCUAGACCACCAGUGCUGGACUUCGUCAGUAAGGCCAAGUGGGAUGCGUGGAAUGCCCUCGGCAGCCUGCCCAAGGAAACUGCCCGGCAGAACUAUGUGGAUUUAGUGUCUAGCUUAAGUCCUUCACCUAAAUCCUCAAGCUCCGGGGCCAUCGGGAACCCGCCCAAGUCCGAAAGCGUCCUUAUGACCUCGAGAGACGGCAUCACGACCAUCACCCUAAACCGGCCAGCCAAGAAGAACGCCAUCACUCUGCAGAUGUAUGAAGAUAUUCUCCUUGCCAUGAAUGCUGCAAGCCAGGAUGACUCAACCAUAACUGUUUUUACAGGAAACGGGGAAUAUUACAGCAGCGGGAACGAUCUGGCCAAUUUCACUGAUAACCCUGGUGGUUUAAAGUUGUCUGAAGAUGGCAACUUGCCCCUGAGGAAGUUUGUGGACACCUUCAUAGACUUCCCGAAGCCUCUGGUGGCCGUGGUGAAUGGUCCAGCCGUGGGCAUCACUGUCACCCUGCUUGGGCUGUUCGAUGCUGUGUACGCGUCCGACAGGGCGACGUUUCACACUCCGUUUAGUAGUCUUGGCCUGAGCCCGGAAGGAUGUUCCUCUUACACUUUCCCGAAGAUAAUGGGCCCAUCCAAGGCAGUUGAAAUGCUUAUCUUCGGAAAGAAGAUUACAGCUAGGGAGGCUUGUGCUCGAGGCCUUGUUACGGAAGUUUUUCCCGAUGGCACUUUCCAGGAAGAAGUCUGGGCCAGGUUGAAAGCGUACGCCAAGAAUCCUCCAAAUGCGAUGAGGAUCGCGAAGCAGGUGAUCAGAAGCAGCGAGAAGGAAAAACUGCAUGCCGUCAACGCUGAGGAGUGCAGAAUCCUGGAGGAGAGGGUGCUGUCGGAGGAGUGCAUCAAUGCCGUCCUGAAUUUCUUCUCCAGAAAAGCCAGGCUGUGAGCACAUGACAGCCAGCCUGGAGCAGCGCAGUGGCGGGGAAUGCCACUGAUUCUGCUCUCAAAAGGAACACACUUCACUGUGCCUUUUCGGAAGGCUCAGACACCCGUUACACACUGUCACACUGAUGGUCCUAACGAGUGAAAACUUCUCUAGAAGAAUCUGAUAGAAAAUCUUACAUCCUUUGCCAUGAAUGGCUGCUGCCAGGAGCACUGGAGCUCGGUGCCGAGGGCCUUGUUGUGGAAAGCGCUCACAGCUCUGCAAGCUGAGCUUACGUCCCCGAACACCACGAUGGCACUUUGUUUUCCACAGGCAGUGACCGCCUGGAUGGGGCCGAACAUCGCCAGCUGCUGUGUCACUGAUGCAAGAUCCUGGGCGGGCUGCAUGAUCUUCUUCAGCCACCUGGCAAAGGAGCACACGGAAGGAACAAUUUAGGAUCUUAAUUUCUCUAAGUCGAAUCUUCACUUUUCUAGGGAACGAAGAAGAAUCUUAAUUUUUCUUUAACCCACAGUUUCAAUAAAAAAUGUGAAAGGAA